CAUACAGCAGACUCGUUAGAGAUAUUUAUCACAUUUUUCUUGUGUAAUCGUUAAAAUUAUCUAUAUUUCUGAAAUUACAGCUAAUAUUCUAAACCGAAAAUGUUUUUAACCCGUUCAGAGUACGACAGAGGUGUCAAUACUUUCUCACCUGAGGGAAGAUUGUUCCAAGUGGAAUAUGCAAUUGAGGCCAUAAAACUUGGAUCAACUGCAAUUGGUAUUCAAACAUCGGAGGGGGUUGUUUUGGCUGUAGAGAAAAGAAUUACGUCACCUCUAAUGGAACCAUCAAGCAUAGAGAAAAUUAUCGAAAUAGAUAGUCAUAUAGGAUGUGCCGUCAGUGGUUUAAUAGCAGACUCAAGAACUAUGGUUGAUAAGGCUAGAGUAGAAGCACAGAACCACUGGUUCACAUACAAUGAGCCAAUGUCCGUAGAGAGUGUUACACAAGCUGUUUCAAACCUUGCUUUAGAGUUUGGUGAUGACAAUGCAAGAUCUGGUGCAAUGAGUAGACCAUUUGGAGUUGCUCUUCUGUUUGGUGGCUUUGAUGAAAAUGGACCUCAAUUAUAUCAUUUAGAUCCAUCAGGUACAUUUAUUCAAUAUGAAGCAAAAGCAAUUGGUUCGGCAUCUGAAGGGGCUCAACAGUCGUUACAAGAAGUCUAUCAUAAGUCAAUGACUUUACAAGAAGCUACUAAGCAAGCAUUGACGAUUCUUAAACAAGUUAUGGAGGAAAAAUUAAAUGCUACUAAUGUUGAGUUAUGCAGCAUUACGCCUGAAAACAAGUUCAAGAUGUUCGAAAAGAAAGAUAUCGAAGACAUAGUAAAAGAUAUAAAAUAAAAAUGACGAACUUGACGCAAGACUUUAGUUUUUAAGACUGCAAAUUCUCGCUAACGCAAAACAUAAACAAUGAUUUAUACAAAAUGCAUUAGCUGUUCUUAUAGAUAGAAAUUUUGUUGAAAACAUCAAUAUCCAGUUGA